AUGGGCUGGGUUAUUCUCCCUGCGUUGCGCGUGUUUGAGCCCGGCUUCAUCUUGGUCUCGUCGGGCUUUGACGCGUCGUACAUGGAUCCACUGGGGAACAUAAUGGUGAGUCUCCAGCAAAUGCUUUGGGCAAAUGGCGGAUGCUCACGGUGGUGUCCGACGCCUGCUGCGGCCGACUCGUGUUUUGCCACGAAGGGGGGGUACAGCGACUUCUACGUGCCACUUUGUGAGGCGCUAUUGGGCCUCAGGGAACGGUGA